AUGGAGGAUGAGAGUAGUCGAGACAGUUCACCAGCCAACGGGAAGGAAAAAUAUACAUUCAAUGAGCAGACAAAUUAUGUUUCGGCUCGAAAGAUAAUAACGAUAUUUCUAGCAUGCGCCAGCGUCGACCUGGUUUCAUUGAUGGAUCAGACGACCUUAGCAGCAAGUUUGUCGAUUGUUGGAGAUGAUUUAAAUGCCGGAAACCAAACCAGCUGGAUAGCUGGUGGUUUUUUCUUGACCUCUACCUGCUGUCAGCUAGUAUAUGGACGUCUUUCUGACAUCUGGUCUCGGAAAGUCAUACUAUACGCUGGGCUGGCGAUUUUUUUCUUUGGAUCCCUUGCCUCAUCCUUUGCCCAAACGGCCCUCCAGCUGAUAAUCUUUCGUGCCUUCACGGGAGUUGGUGGAGGUGGACUGGCAAAUGUUGGUCAGAUGAUUGUCAGUGAUGUGGUCCCGUUGAGAGAGCGAGGUAAAUAUCAAGGAAUUCUGGGAGCUGUCGUCGCUAUAGCUAACGGAAUUGGCCCGGUAAUUGGAGGUUCAUUGUCUUCCAUCUCUAAAGGGUCAUGGAGGUGGAUAUUCCGCCUUAACCUUCCUCUGACGGUACUAACAACGUUGUGUGUUUUAUUCUUCAUGCCGCUUCGGAAGGUAGAAGGUGACUGGAAAGUCAAGGUAAAAGCCAUUGAUUUCUUUGGGGUAUUCCUAGCCCUUGCGGGGGCAACCAUUUUCCUUCUUGGACUUAUAUGGGGAGGGGGUGAAUAUGCAUGGAAUUCAAUCCACGUAAUUGCCACUCUGACCAUCGGGUUCGCUGUUUCUGUGUGUUUCGUUCUAUGGCAGUGGAAGGGGGCAUCUUAUCCACUUGUGCCCAUGAGUAUCUUCCACGUGAGAAUAGUGAACGGGGCUUGCCUAACUAUGCUGAUCAAUGGCUGGAAUUUUGUUGUUCAGGUUUAUUAUAUCCCGACUUUUUAUCAGCUGGUAUACGGAUACUCAGCUACUAAGUCAGGAGCUCUGCUUUUGCCGAUUGUCCUUGUUCAAACAUUAUUUAGCACGAUAUCAGGCCUUAUUGUUCAUCGGGUAGGCCGUUACCGAGAGUGCGUACUCUUUGGAUGGCUUGCCUGGGCGAUUGGCCUAGGACUUUUCUCUACACUUGAUCAGUCAUCAGGGAUAGCUAGGCAGAUUGGGUAUGGCAUACUCACCGGGGUGGGAGUUGGAAACACACUUCAGCCAUCCCUGAUAGCUAUUCAAGCAGGUGUCGAGAGACGGGAUAUGGCAGUUGUUACAUCUUUUAGGAAAUUGAAUCUGACUCAAGCCAACUGUUCUAGCUUUGUGAGAAAUCUCGGUGGUACGCUUGGGUUAGCGGUGUGCGGAACAAUCUUGAAUAACAUCGUGUUAUCAUCCCUUUCGUCCCUUACACUUGCGGAUGCCGACAGCAGGGUUAUAAUGCAAAGUCCUAGUAAAUAUCUUGCAACACAACGCCCUGACGAAGCUGAGAGAAUCCGCUCCGUCCUUAUUCCAGCCUACCAGAAAGGGUUCCGGAUAGUCUUUAUACUGUGCUCUGCUCUGGCUAGUUUAGCCUUCGUCCUUGCAUUCUUUCUAAUGCCACAUAUCUCGCUGAAAAGGGCAGAUGACAAGGCGUUAAAAGAUGAAGCCAGGUCUAGGAAGAGGACGGUGCAGCAAGGUCCAUAG